AUGCCCCAUCCCACCGAAUCCAUCCUGAUUACCGACAGUGGCGCCGACCAAUUCUUGGCAGGCUACGUUUGGAGAAGGAUUGGUAUCACUGGAAGACACAUUGCACUCACAGGGCCUAUUGCAGGUCGAGACAUUGGUACUGUCUUACCAGUGUCAUCAGUUGCCGCCAAGAUAAUUGAUGCACACGGCAACACCUAUUGUGGUAAAGCCCAUGAAGUCCUCCACGACACUAACCCACACCAACAUGAAUCUUUACUCCCUCCAGCUCAGGCCCGCGCUGCUGGUAAUGCUGUGGAUGAGUGCCCAUCUGAUGCACUAACGCCAAGAGGUGACUAUGGAACUCAAUGUUGUGUGAUUAGUGGCCAUACACUUCCAUUAUUCUUUGAUGGAUUCAAGUGUUAUUACCGUGUGGAGGCCAUCACUGAUGAAGAAAUGCGAACUUUGCCGGAAAUUGUAUUCACCAGUGAUGAGGAGUAUGAGCCUUCUGCCCGCAGUAAAUCUCGACGCUUCCCAGCAGAGGAGAUUGAUUGGAAGCGAACAAUGGCUUUUCCUCCGGAUGAUGUCUUGAACCACACUCUCGCAGCGACCACUCAACUGGUUCCUACUGUUGAGGCAGAAAGUCGUGAGAUUAUGAGAGACCAUUUGAAGUCCAGACUAACAUGUCUGCGUUAUCGGCGUCGUCGGGACGUCGAUUUUCUCGAUACCUUCAAGGCAAACAUCAAAUCGGUUCGUGGAUUUUUGUACUUCAAUUUAUUUUCAAGUCAGAGGUCCGGAUAUGACCACCCCAUUCUGAUGCAGCGAAAGAGUGAAUCCCCGGAAACACUCGAGGCGCAUUUUGACCACUGUGGAACCCCCCACACUUUGAAGUCAGAUAAUGCAAAAGAAUUUCGUUCUACACAGUUCCAUCGCAAACUCCGAAAGUACCAAGUGUCCUCCAAGUACACUGAACCACACCACCCAAAUCAGAACCUUGCUGAGCCAAGAGGUGGAAGGCUGAAACAUGUAGUCCAACACAUUCUGU